AACAUGAAGUUAUGCACCUGGUCAAACAGGGUAAGAACAAAAAAAGUCCAUUUUGAAUUCACAUAUUGCGUUAGUUAGUAACAGUAACUGUAAGUAAGAAGAUAUUCGGACACCUUCCCAGCACGACCUUCUCUGGUGUUGAACAAAGCCGUGUCGCUGAAGAGCGACGUGAACAUCCUGUGGACCCAGCUGGCCUGAGCGGUGCGAUGAUACUCAUCCUCCGCCUCUUGGUUCUCUGUGCCGGCUGAAGACCAACAGGAUAACACUGACUGCCACUGACUCAGCCAAAGCACUGAGGAGGAACAUGAUGAGCUUUGAACCUUGAGCGCAGAUGGGACACUCAAACGUUCAACUCCCAGAGAGAAAACAACACUGCGGAGGUGAAGAGGAGUGCAGCCAAGAAGAAGAAAAGAAAAAAAAAAGACAAAAAUUUUUUGGAGUAUGAACACAUUAAUUUUUUUCAUUUUGGCUCUUGGUUGUGUUGUCUGUGCUGGAGGUAACCCAUGUUGCUCGGAACCAUGCCAGAACCGAGGCGUCUGCACCGCACUCGGAACCCGAGCGUAUGAAUGCGACUGCACCCGUACGGGAUAUAGCGGUCCCAACUGCACCAGGCCCGAAUUCCGAACCCGCAUCAAACUCCUACUGAAACCGUCACCCAACACGGUCCAUUAUAUUCUCACCCACUUCAAGGGCUUCUGGAACAUCAUCAACAACAUCUCAUUCCUAAGAGAUGCCAUCAUGAAAUAUGUGCUGACAUCUCGCUCCCACAUGAUUGAUAGCCCCCCGACGUACAACGCUGAUUACGGUUACAAAAGCUGGGAGGCCUACUCCAACCUUUCCUACUACACCAGAGCCCUCCCCCCGGUUCCGCAGGAUUGCCCAACCCCGAUGGGAGUCGUAGGUAAAAAGGAGCUACCCGACGCUAAGGUUCUUGCUGAGAAGCUCCUGAUGAGAAGACAGUUCAUCCCCGACCCGCAGGGAACCAGCCUGAUGUUUGCGUUCUUCGCUCAGCACUUCACGCAUCAGUUCUUCAAAUCCGACAUGAAAAGAGGUCCCGCCUUCACUCAGGCGAAAGGACACGGGGUGGAUCUCAGUCAUAUUUACGGAAACGGUCAGGAGAGGCAAUACAAGUUGAGGCUCUUCAAAGAUGGCAAGCUUAAAUAUCAGAUGCUGGAUGGAGACAUGUACCCCCCGACAGUCAAGGAAGUGGGCGUUGAUAUGCACUACCCUCCUCAUGUACCCGACUCUCAUCGCUUUGCCGUGGGACACGAGGCGUUCGGACUGGUCCCCGGUCUCAUGAUGUACGCCACCAUAUGGCUCCGGGAGCACAACCGGGUGUGUGACGUCCUGAAGCAGGUCCAUCCUGACUGGGACGAUGAAAGACUCUUUCAAACGGCACGGCUCAUUCUGAUUGGAGAAACCAUCAAGAUCGUAAUCGAGGACUACGUCCAGCAUCUGAGCGGCUACAACUUCAAGCUCAAAUUCGAUCCCGAGCUGCUGUUCAGCCAGCGUUUCCAGUACCAGAACCGCAUCGCGUCCGAGUUCAACACCCUCUACCACUGGCACCCACUCAUGCCCGAUUCCUUCCACAUCGAGGAGAAAGAUUACACCUACAAAGAGUUCGUUUUUAACACUUCUGUCGUGACCGAGCACGGGAUCGCUAACCUGGUGGAGUCGUUCACCAAGCAGAUAGCCGGCCGGGUUGCCGGUGGGCGGAAUGUCCCCGCGCCGAUCAUGUAUGUGGCCGUUAAAUCCAUCGAGGACAGCAGGAAAAUGCGCUAUCAGUCCCUGAACGCAUACAGGAAAAGAUUCUCCAUGACUCCGUAUAAGUCAUUCGAGGACUUGACAGGAGAAAAAGAAAUGGCAGCAGUUCUGGAGGAGAUGUACGGUGACGUUGACGCUGUGGAACUCUACCCGGGACUGCUGGUGGAAAAACCCCGGCAAAACGCCAUCUUUGGGGAGACCAUGGUGGAGAUGGGCGCCCCUUUCUCACUCAAAGGCUUGAUGGGAAACCCCAUUUGUUCUCCGGAAUACUGGAAACCCAGCACCUUCGGAGGCAGCGUAGGAUUCGACAUCGUCAACACGGCAUCGCUGCAGAAGCUGGUGUGCAAUAACGUGAGGGGGCCUUGCCCCGUGGCGUCUUUUAAUGUGCCUGACGUGAAAGAUACAGGAUCCGUGGUCAUCAAUUCCAGCACGUCGCCGUCACGCCGUAGUGACAUCAACCCUACGGUCAUUUUGAAAGAAAGGACUACUGAGCUCUAAAGUUUAUUGCAGUAUUUGUUAUUAUUUCAUUCAGCUAUUUAAUUAUUUAUUGUUAAUUAUUUAUUGUAUUUAUAAGAGAAAUACACCACUUUAUUAAUUUUUUUAAAUUAAAUUUACUAGUUUAUUUUAUUUUAUUUUUUUUUUUAAGUUUUUUUUUCCAUAAAUUUCCGACUUCAUUCUUGUAAAUUUACAACUUAAUUUUCGUAAUAUAAAAAAAUUUUGUUCUUGUAAUUUUAUGACAUUAUUCUCAUAAUAUUGCAACUUUAUUUUCGCAAAUUUACAACAAACUAAUUCUUGUCAAUGUACAACUUUCGGAAUAUUUGAAUAUAAUAUUUGAUUAUUUAUUUUUAAUUAUUUAUUUUAUUUGUAAGAGAAAUCCACCACUUGCAGACUUUAUACUUAAAGUCUGCAAGUACUUAAUUUUUUUUAAUUAAAUUUGCUAGUUUAUUUUCAUAAUGUUACAAGUUUUUUUUCUCGUAAAUUUCCAACGUAAAUUUCCAACGUAAAUUUCCAACGUAAAUUUCCAACGUAAAUUUCCGACUUCAUUCUUGUAAUUUUACAACUUAAUUUUCGUAACUUGUAAUUUUAUGACAUUAUUCUCAUAAUGUUGCAACUUUAUUUUCGCAAAUUUACUCUCGCUAAUUUACGACUUUAAACAAACUAAUUCUUGUUAAUGUACAACUUUCUGAAUAUAAUAUUUAAUUAUUUAUUGUUAAUUAUUUAUUGUAUUCAUAAGAGAAAUCCACCACUUGCAGACUUUAUUCUUUAUUAAUUUUUUUAAAAUUAAAUUUACUAAUUUAUUUUGAUAGUGUUACAAUUUUUUUUUCUCGUAAAUUUCCGACUUCAUUCUUGUAAAUUUACAACUUAAUUUUCGUAAUACAAAAAAAUGUUGUUCUUGUAAUUUUAUGACAUUAUUCUCAUAAUAUUGCAACUUUAUUUUCGCAAAUUUACAACUUUACUCUCGCUAAUUUACGACUCUUUACGAUUCUUGUUAAUGUACAACUUUCGGAAUAUUUGAAUAUAAUUUUUAAUUAUUUAUUGUUAAUUAUUUAUUGUAUUUGUAAGAGAAAUCCACCACUUGCAGACGUUAUACUUUAUUAAUUUUCUAAAUUAAAUUUACUAGUUUAUUUUGAUAAUUUUACAAGUUUUUUUUCUUGUAAAUUUCCGACUUCAUUCUUGUAAAUUUACAACUUAAUUUUCGUAAUAUAAAAAAAAAAUUGUUCUUGUAAUUUUAUGACAUUAUUCUCAUAAUAUUGCCACUUUAUUUUCGCAAAUUUACAACUUUACUCUCGCUAAUUUACGACUUUAAACAAACAAAAUUCUUGUUAAUGUACAACUUUCGGAAUAUUUGAAUAUAAUAUUGAAUUAUUUAUUGUUAAUUAUUUAUUGUAUUUAUCAGAGAAUGAUAAAUUUCUAUGGAAUUCUAUAUGUUGUUUUAUGGCUAAAUGUGGUUUAUUUAUUACAACACAGCGUGUAUUGUAAGUUAUUGUAAAAUGAAAGACCUCAGCGACUGCCACCUGAUACUUGAACGUUAGUUUACAAUUUUCACGCCGUUAUAGUAUAAGUUACAUGGCUGACGUUUUUUUUUUUUUUUAUUUAUACACUAAGUGCUGCUCGUUUUUUCCACUUUUAAGUAUUUUUACUUUGUACCAGACAAAACGUAGUACUUGUUGAGUUGUGGAUACAGUGACCCUUUAAAAUUAUUGAAUGAUUUUAAUUGAUUUGAGUAUUUUUUUGUAUUUAUAAUUGUUUUUUUUUUAUGUGUUUUUUUUAUAGUCAUUUGAAAUGACACUGGAUCUAAGUUGCACAGUUUUAUAUUAAUGUGUAUUUGAUGUCUUGUAGAAAACUCACUUGAAUAUUCAUGUUAGAUAUGUUAUCAACGGCUAUUUACAUAUCAGGUUAGCGCUAAUUGUGCUUAGCGGGAAAUGAUGAAUAUCAUUGUUAUCAUUGUCACUCUUUUCUUUGAUAUUCUUGACAUUCAAUCUUUUGAUCCAAGUUGUGGAAAUGUGCAAAGU